AUGAAAUCCAAACAUGAAGCCUCGUCUGCUGAAAAAAUAGAUACCGAUGACAUAAAUCCGGCAACUUGUAUCGAUUUACAGAGUGGUAGCCAAGAUGGUGGCAUCGUUCCCACCCCUCUAGCUGACUCUAAAAAGAAGGGCGAGAAUGCCAGCAACAUUCCAGUUGCCGUCGAUGUUGAGGCGUCAACGUACUCGAAUAUGCCCGUAGAUCUUAAUGAGCCCCUUCCUAUGGUUAAAAUUUCUAAAAACUAUCAUCUGCCGGUGGAUCCACAACAAGAAGACCGUGCCACGAAAAUUGUAUUAUACACAGCCAAGAGGCCCCACAUGAGAGCGUUCCAUUUUGCAUGGUUCUCUUUCUUUUGCGCAUUCUUGGGGUGGUUCUCGCUUCCUCCGUUGUUCCCCACUAUCAAGAAAGAGCUGAAUAUCAGCUCUCAAGAUAUCACCACGUCCAAUAUUUUGGCCGUUUCCAGCACCAUGGUCGCGAGAGUUUUGAUAGGGCCGAUCUGCGACAAGUUCGGACCCCGCCGGGUCCAGUUUGGUCUGCUAACCACUGGAUGUGUCACAGUCAUGGGAGCGAUGGCUGUGAACAAUAUUAUAGGACUAUGCGUUGCUCGCUUUUUCAUCGGAUUCAUAGGCUGCGCAUUUGUUUGUACACAGUUAUGGACGUCUAACAUGUUUACUAAAGAGAUUGUGGGUACAGCGAACGCACUAAGUGGAGGUUGGGGUAAUCUCGGUGGCGGGGCUGCCUUCUUAAUCAUGCCAGCCAUGUUCAAUCUCAUUACCAUCAAUGGCACCGUAUCGGAUAAUCUUGGAUGGCGUCUGGCACUUCUUUUGCCCGCACUUCUGAUGUUGCUUGUCGGCAUCCUGCUAUUCUUCUUUACGGAUGAUACCCCUCGUGGCGAUGUUGAUAUUAAACAUAAGAAGGACGACGAUGUCGAAUGUGAACCUGAUGAUAAUGCAGCUGAUGGCGAUGGAACCACCUUAGGAGGCGCGCUUGAAGAGGUUCCACUCGGUGGCGGAGCUCUGUUAAAAAUAGCGCUUUCAAAUCCCACAACGUACAUUUUGCUUUUGCAGUACGCGUGCUCGUUUGGGGUAGAACUGACUGUCAACAACGUCAUUGGCUCAUACUUUUACGAAGAUUUUAAAAAGGAAGAUUGCGUGGAGACGUAUGAGGACGAAUGUGCUUUGCUGACACAAAGCACCUCCGGAAUGAUAGCAUCUUUGUUCGGCUUGAUGAAUCUGUUUGCUCGGGCUUUGGGAGGGUGGGUGUCUGACAAAGCAAUGGCGCGUGUGGGAAUGAAAGGACGCAUCGGGGUUCUCUUCAUUACCGUCUUAUGUGCUGGCACCGUGCUGGUCUGUUUUUCGUUUAUCAGAAGUAUUCCAUUUGCGACGGUUGUUCUAGUCGUCUUCUCCAUUUUUGUACAAUCCGCAGAAGGAGCCACCUUUGCCAUUGUACCCUACGUUAUGCCCAAGUAUACUGGUACGAUCGCCGGUGUAGUGGGUGCUGGAGGGAACUUCGGUGCCAUUUGCUGGGGAUUCUUAUUCAGAGGAAUUCCAGAUCGAACCGAGGCGAUGCUAUAUCUCGGCUGCAUCUGCGCUGGAUUUUCUUUCCUGUGCCUCUUUAUCCGCGUGAAACCCAUUGUACACGGUUCUUCGCAGUGA